CUACCUCCAAGGCAGCAAUAAUGGCAUCUUCUCCUCAAACUCAACUUCGAGGGUCGGUUUCACUUUCAGAACCAGUGGAAAGAAUGAUCGAGCAAAUCUGCAUAGAAAAGCAGCAGCCACCACCUGAUCAUUAUGCUCGCCAGAGGCUUUUUGAUAUUGGCGAAGAAAAAGCUUACGAAAUUGUGAGGAGGAUAUAUUACUCCAAGCAGCCCAUCCGGACUGAUCUCAGUCGCUACAUUACCUGGUUCGCCGACAGCCCUCAAAGUCCCAUUCGCCAGUCCUCUUCUCCUCCCUCCCCGCGCACGCCGCCACCCCAACUUCACGCCUGCUCUUCCCCUCCUAAGCGUGCUCUGCAUUUUCCUCCGCCUCCUCCCACUUGUUUUUCCCAAUGUGAUGAAAGCCCUUGUUCUCCGAUGUCAAAGCAGAAUAUGAGCUCUCCCUUACCGCAUCCUGAGAGUGCAAGCCCUUCACAGACUACUCACAAGUCAAUGUUUUGUUGUGAACCUGGCGUUGAAGAGAGCACAAGCACCCAGGAUAUCGGUUAUCAUUUUAAAGUCCUCAAUGAAAGCAGCUACCAGUUGACGGUCCUUAGUCAACUUGAGUUCAGAAAGUUCUUUCUAUUGUACUCUUACAUUGGGAGGAGCAAGUUGGAAGAGGUUAUAACUACCGACAAUGCCAAUAAGAUUUUAGAAAUGAAAAAUCUCCCAAUGGGGGUUUACGAGUCUUGCAUUUGGGAUAUGUGUGGAAAACAGUUAUGUGCUCCGUCAGAUAGAAUAGAGGUCAUCGAUUGGGACUCUGGGAAGACGCAUUUUUACUAUUGUCACGUUUAUCAAGAUGGAAGUUAUUGUUUCAAGGGACCUUACUUAAAGACCAUAAGAACUCACCUUCAAAGAGCGUUAGGAGAUGACAACGUGUUGAUUGUCAGGUUUGUUGAUAAUGGCAAAUGUAAUUCUGACAGGAUCAUUGAGGAUGGGAUUAUUGUUGGUUUGAGGCGCUACCGCUUUUUCGCUUUUAAAGAUGAAUGCAAAGAUGCCAAGAAGAAAAAAAAAGGAUUGGAGAAGAAUGAAACUCCUCUUUCUGCUUUUCCCAAGUGCUACUUCGUUCGAUUUGACUCUAUUGCUACUUCUAGCACUGAUGAGCCAUACCUUUUAUCUUCACUGGAAGUAAAUGAAGCAAGGCGCCUAUUUAUGGAUGUGAACAUGGUUUCUAGCAUGGCAAAAUACAUAGCAAGGUUUUCCCUGAUCUUGUCAAAGACGAUAAAACUUCCAGUGGAUCUUUCUUCUGUUGUCAUUGAUACAAUUCAAGAUACAGAAUGCCAUGAUGGGAAUAAUCAGCCUAUCAAAGAUGAUAAUGGAGGACCUCUUAUACAUACAGAUGGAACUGGUUUUAUCUCCGAAGAUUUAGCACUGAAGUGUCCGCAAGAUUUUGGUAGAGCAAAAUACAUAAAGGACAAGGAUUUUCAGAAGUUUCACAAUUUUGUCGGAUUCGUGGAUGCGCCAUUUGAAGUGAGAGGUACAGAAGCUGGGAAUAGGGACCCGCCUCUGUUGAUGCAGUGUCGUCUCUUCAGUCAAGGUCUUGCUGUUAAGGGAACUCUUCUUGUAAAUAAAACGCUUAAAGCAGGAACCAUUCAGAUUAGGCCCUCCAUGAUAAAGGUUCGGAAAGGUAGAAAAGGUCCCAUUGGGCAAACAUUUGACUCGCUGGAAAUUGUUGCAGUCAGUCAUAGACCGAGGAGGUGUCAUCUAUCAAAGUAUUUGAUUGCUCUUUUGAGCUACGGAGGCGUUCCCAGGACGUUUUUUGUGGAUCUAGUGACAAGUGUGUUGGAAGAGACAAAUGCUGUCUUCACAGAUAAGCGUGCUGCAUUCAAAGUUGCACUAAAUCAAGAAGGUUUUUAUGAUACUGGCGGUGCUCUAAGACUGUUGUUAGCUGGAAUCCCUCUUAAUGAGCCUCAUUUACAAAAACGUCUAUCUGAGUUGGCAAAUAAUGAAAGAACCCUAUUGAAAGAAGGAAAGAUCCCUAUUAGUGAAAGCUUUUACUUGAUGGGAACGGCUGAUCCUACUCCUACAGGCUUGUUGAAAGAAAAUGAAGUUUGUGUGGUCCUGGAUAAUGGUCAGGUAUCUGGGAAGGUUUUAGUUUACAGGAAUCCAGGUCUGCAUUUUGGGGAUGUCCAUGUCCUUGAAGCGGUUUAUGUGCCGGAGCUGGAGGAUAUAAUUGGCAAUGCCAAAUAUGGUAUAUUCUUCUCCACGAAAGGUCGGAGAUCUGUUGCUUCUGAAAUUGCAAAUGGAGACUUUGAUGGUGACAUGUAUUGGGUUUCUAGAAAUCCUCAGCUCUUAAAGUACUUCAGAGCAAGUCCACCAUGGACGCGUGUUUAUCCAAGUCCGCGAGCAGAGAGUAAGAAUCCAAAUGAAUAUUCAGCUGAACAAUUGGAGCAUGAGCUUUUUCGACAUUUUCUAAAGAAGCCAAGCUAUAAUAUGGCCGUUGCGGCUGAUAGUUGGCUAGCUUUUAUGGACCGUCUCUUGAUAUUGGGUGAUGACAAUGCCAAAGAGAAACAUGCUUUGAAAGAAAAUAUGCUUAAGUUGAUUGAUAUAUAUUAUGACGCGCUGGAUGCACCAAAACGUGGAACGAAGGUCAUUGUACCUGAGGAGUUGAAGGCAGAAAGAUUUCCCCAUUACAUGGGAAAGGAUGGUAGCUACCGUUCUUCUUCUGUGUUGGGUGACAUUUAUGAUAGAGCAGAGGCAUUUCAAUCUGAACAACGGUGUAUAGAUAUUGAAAAACUACCGUGUUUCGAUGUCGAAGUUCCCCAAAACUACUUGAGCUCUUGGAGACGAAGGUACAACGAGUAUCGAAAGGAGAUGACAGUGGCAAUGCAAAAGGAUGAUGAAUCUAGGAAUGAUGCUGCUGAUGACGUAAUCAAGAAAUACAAGCGGUUACUGUACGAAGCAGCAGAGUUUGAAGAAAGUCAGAAGGAUGUGCAGGAGAUCCACAAGGAGGCACUUGCAUUAUAUCAAGUAACCUAUGAGUAUGCCAUUAGCACAAAAGACGCAGGAAAAUGUGGGUUUGCCUGGAAAGCAGCAGGUUCUGCUCUCUUGAACUAUUUUGCUACUGGCAGAAACGAAAGACUCGUACCAGUUUCACCAUCUGCUCUGCGAGAACUGUUUUCUUAGCCUCUCUUGGUCUUUCGCAACUGGCUUCGAAAGCACUGACCCAACUAGGAGUGUAGUAAAAUGUUAAAGAGACCUACUGGUAUUAUGCCCCGAGUACAUCUCUAAAUAGCUCAUCCCUGAGCAAAGUAUUGCAAGGAGCCUCAGAAGUUCGUAUGUAUUUUUGUUGUGGCCUCAUCUUCCCUAAGCAACUAGUUGUUUGUUGUUGUGUAAAUUUCUGAGCUCCUAUAGCUUCUGUAAAUAUAGGGCUACGCUCAGACAGUCGCAUGCAUGUAUGUGUUGGAGAUCGCAGUGGGUCGGAUGAUGCCGUUGUCUAAGCACCUGCUUAUUAUUGCUAUAUCUUUCUGUGUCUGCCGGUGCUUUUGCAUUGGUAAAAUUUUCAGUAGCCUUUUGACCU